AUGUUCCCAGUAAUUUCCCGCCAUUAUCUGUGGUGGGUUGGGGUUCAGAGGAGAAUCUGCCUGAGCCAACCAGUGGUGAAUCGGCAGCGCAUUGAGCAGACACACGUCAGAGUUGGAGACCGGGCUGAACUCAGCAGGGUCUUCACACAGAGGGACGUGGCUGCCUUCUCAGAAUUAACGGGGGAUGUUAAUCCUUUGCAUUUAAAUGAAGAUUUUGCAAAACACACCAAGUUUGGAAAGACAAUUGUACAUGGAGUUUUGGUCAAUGGACUUAUUUCGGCUCUCCUGGGAACUAAAAUGCCAGGGCCAGGCUGUGUAUUACUUUCACAGGAAAUUAGCUUUCCAGCCCCUUUAUAUGUUGGAGAAGUUGUUUUAGCCUCCGCAGAGGUGAAAAGGCUGAAGCGAUUCAUUGCCGUUAUUGCCGUGUCGUGUUUUGUAACAGAAGGUGAAAAGACUGUUAUGGAAGGCUGGGUUAAAGUUAUGGUCCCAGAAGCUCCCCAGUCCUGAACUGUGUUUAAAGAUGCACUUUCAGGUGCCAGUGGUACUAUUCUAGAGCCUUUGAGGAAAAGGGAUUGCUGCUCUUCCCCGAGGGAUGGCUUAUAGACCAAGAAGCCUGUGUUGGGGGAGGGGAGCAGGUAGAGGGGCGUUCCAAGGUCCACUGUCCAGUUUGGCGUUAUGCUUCAUAGACUUAAGUAUAUUCAUCGUCUGUCUAGGUUUUUGAAAUGGAAAAAAUAGGGCG